CACACUCGGCUGAUCAUGGAGCGUCACUGGGGUUUUCCAGUCAGAUUUACUCCCCACAGUGUGCGGAGAAGAGAGCGAGAUAACUGUUUGCACAGCAGCCAGACUCUGCCAGAGGAACUAAGGACUUUGGACUUCCAAGACUUUUAUUUUUCAUCAAGCUGUAGUGCAGACUGAUAAAGAAAGCAUCGACACGAGAAUCUGGGGAAACGCAUAGACCAGUUGUGCAGUAAACAUCUCGCUAGCGGUUGGGAAGACGGUCCUCUAUUUUAACCUCAUCCGAAAAUAACUUGUUUUAUUUUGUUUCUGAACUUUAGCUCAGAUUAGUAUCAUUCUCGGUUACUCUAGCUCGUUUAUUUUACUCUUUUUAAGUACCAUUUUACACCUGGAGAAAUGUCCAGCCUGCCUUCCGUCAAACCCGAGAAGGGCAGACCGGAAGUGGCGUUACAUGGGCAACAGGCGCCGCACGAGCUUCCUCAGACCGUCUACGUCAUAUUAGACUCCUCAGCCGAAUCUGUCAAUCUCUUCAGUGUUGAACCCCUUCUUCCUGAGUCUGGGAUUGUGGAAGACAUCGAGGUAGAAGGCGUUUUUUCCACCGAUUCUGACAUUUUCUACGAGCUGAAGAGUCAACCCAUCACCCCAAGUGGCUCUGUGACCUCUGCUGACCCCGUGACCCCAGUCGGCUCCGUGAUGACGUCACGCGUGUUGAUGAGGCAGGAGCUGAUGCGACAGCAGGCUCAGGACCAGGAGAGACGGGAGGCCCAAAAACAGGCCUCCAGCGCUCAGCAGCGGCCCACUGACGCCACCCCUGCCAUCUCUGUCGCAUCCGCCCUGCCGGCCACCCCGACCCAGGUGCCCGUGGAAGUGCUGAAGGUUCAAACUCACUUGGAAAACCCGACAAAGUACCACAUCCAGCAAGCUCAGAGGCAACAAGUGAAGCAAUACCUCUCUCACACCCUUGGCAAUAAAAUAGCCAAUCAGACUCUGGCAACAUCGCCCUCGCCCCAGCCCUCCUCCGCCCCUGAGUUGGCCCCUGCUGCCAGUAGCACUCCUAGCAGCCCGCUGGCUGUGCUCAGCCUGGGAUCAAACAAAGAAGAGAUCGAAGACGUCAUCGAUGACAUCAUCAGCCUGGAAUCGAGUUUAAACGAUGAAUUUAUGACACUGAUCGACUCGGGAUUGCAGCUUCCCAACACGCUGCCGGUCUCAGGAAACCUCCUGGAUGUGUACAGCAGUCAGGGCAUGGCGGCCCCCACCAUCACCGUCAGCAGCUCCUGCCCUGCAGACCUGCAAAACGUCAAGAGAGAGCUGACCGGUGUGUAUCUCCAUGCCGAGACAAAAGCUUUUAUGAAGGAGAGACAGAAAAAAGACAACCAUAACUUGAUUGAGAGGAGAAGAAGGUUCAACAUUAACGACCGCAUUAAGGAACUUGGAGCUCUCAUUCCAAAGUCCUCUGACCCCGAGAUGCGCUGGAACAAGGGCACCAUCCUAAAGGCAUCAGUUGACUACAUCCGUAAGCUACAGAAGGAGCAGCAGAGGGCCAAAGAGAUGGAGACGAGACAGAGGAAACUUGAACACGCCAACCGCAGUCUGCUGCUGCGCAUCCAGGAGCUGGAAAUGCAAGCUCGUCUCCACGGCAUCUCAUCAUCUCAGAUCUCUGACUCCACACCGACCCAGACUCAGACUUUAACUCUGGAUCACAACCCCAGCAACGAUCUCUCCAAGACCCUUCUGUCCCUCAACCAGACCACGGCCUCUUCAUUCUUAUCUCCGCCUUCUUCCACCUCCUCAGUGGGCGGGACGGUCACCAGCCCUCUGGACCUCGGGACACUCAGCUUCGCCGAGCUGGACGACCCCGUGGCCUCCGUGUUCAAUCCAGCCCUGAUGGCGGAUAUGGGGUUAGGGGAUAUUUUGAUGGAUGACAGCGGCGCUCUGUCGCCCGUAGGGGGCGCCGAUCCUCUGCUUUCCUCGGUUUCCCCGGGAGCGUCCAAAACGAGCAGUCGUAGAAGUAGCUUCAGCAUGGAAGAAGACUUGUGACGUCUUCAAAUCGGACGAUAGUUUUGCUUUACGUUGCAAAUCCUGCUUGCGUGCUCCAUUGUCGGCCAGUAGAGGGCAGUGUAAUCCUAAGGUCUUUAGUAAUCGCCGUACUGUAGAAGUCUGAGAUCCUCAAGACGUUUUUUUUUUCUAGAGGUGACACAAGUAUAGAAAGACUUCGGGAGCAGACACUGACAUUUAGAGCCUCGUUUAUUAUCUGGACCUCGGAUAAAUAUAUAGAAGAAUAUAUGUACAUAGAGUAGAUUUAGUGCUAAACAUCUAUUUUGUGUUUUUAAUAUGCAGUUGUAUGAAAAGUAGCACUAUAAUAUUAACUCGUGGACACUCACCACAUGAAUUUAUUAGACAUGUUGGGGGAAAAACAUGCCUGAAUAGUAAAAUAUAUGAUUAUUUUUAGUUUCAGACCUCACUGAUAUAGUGAGCUCCAAAAGUGUGAGACUUCAAACCUGGAAAUAUGCAGGAUUUUGAAUCAUAAAAAUAUUUUAGAUUCUGCACUUGAAAAGAGACAAACCAAAUACUAAGAACUUUUAAAUUAUGCUAAUAAUAUACACUAUCAUUCAAAAGUUUGCAGUCAGUUUUGAAAGAAAUGAAUACUUUUAUUCAGAAGUGAUGCAUUAAAUUGAUCAAAAGUGACAGUGAAGACAUUUGUAAUGUUAAAAAAGAUUUCUAUUUCAAAUAAAGCUUUACUUUCAUCAAAGAUUAAUAUUAAAAAAUAUUAUUAAAUAUUAACUUUAAAUAUUAAAAAUAUUGCUUGAGCAGCAAAUCAGCAUAUGAAAUGAUUUCUGAAGGAUCAUGUGACACUGAAGACUGGAGUCAUGAUGCUGAAAAUUCAGCUUUGUAUCACAGGAAUAAAUUCUAUAUUCAAAUAGAAAACAUUUAUUUCAAAUUGUAAUAAUAUUUCACAAUAUUUACUGUAUUUUGAUCAAAUAAAUGCAGCAAAUGACUUAUUUCACAAAGAUAAAAAAAUCCUUACCAAACCCAAACUUUUGAACAAUAGCGUAAUUUCUAAUGAAUGUUAUAUUAAAUUAUAAAUGUCUCAGACGUUUGGAGCUGACAGUAUGUCAGUGUUUACAGUAGUAGCUCAUCAAAUACAAAAGGGACAGUUGUGUUUUGUUUCCCUUUUUUAAUGUGUGAGCGUUUGCAUCUGCACGUCGUACAUCCGUGCAUUUGAUAAAGGUGGCAGUAAACAUGUUCUUGAACCUGCUUUUAAUGUCCUCAGGAAAGAGCAACAGACAGAACAGAGAACAUCUUGUUCAGCUCGGCUUUCAUUUCCUGCUGGGAUUUUUGAGUUCUUCUGUGAAACUGGUGUUUGAUUAUGGAGCAAAUUAAACCCAGCUUCACGUCGAGGGUCUGAAAGAUGCAUGUUUGAUUUACAGGGAUCACUGAUGGCAUGAGAGUCAAAAUUUAUGUGUGUUUAUAUCACAAAAAAAACAUAAGAUCAAUAAAUCAUAGCAACAUAACUUUAACUCAUCAAAAUAAUUUAACCAAUUUUAACUUCAUUUAAGCUCUACAAGAUAUUCAACUCAAUUUCUAAAGUCAGUUUAAUAUCAUUUGAGUUCAAAAUGACUUGUACAGCCAUUUUGAUUAUACUUCAGAAUUUAAGGCAUCAACUCAACUUAAGUUUUUAAGUUGAAGUAGGUGGACAUUGUACCUACUGUAUUUGUGCCACUGAUCUGCGUUACAUCCCGGCCACUCUAAAUUUGAUUUGAUUGAACUGAAUUUUUCUCUGGUCAUGUGCUGAUGCCAGAUUGUCUAUGCAAGUACUUUCAUAGUGAAGUAGCAGAGGUUUAUGUGAGCAGAUGACAGUCAUGUUUCCUUUGACAUUCAAAGACCUCCCAGCUCUGAAUAUUGUUCUUGUUCUCUGCCAGAGAGCAGCCAAUCGCAUUAAUGAAUCAUCAAAUCGUCAUUCUCCUGAAUUUCUUACUGCAAUCCAACGUCUUUACAUCCCUUAUCAGGAUUAGUGGGACAUUCAGAAGUUCUGUUUUCAUUUCUGCAGAAACUCAUUCUGUUAUUAAAACACUUCUAGUCAGAUGCUGUUUUAUAAACCCUGUUUUUGAGCUAAAAGCAAAGGAAAUCAGAAGACAGCCAUUCGUUUUUUAUGAAUCUGUACAGCGAGUUGAAUUUACUUCUGGAUGGCCAUGUUAAAAGCAUUUUAUUUUUAGGUUUUGGCAUUGAUUUUUAAUAUAUACAGAUCUGAAUAGAAGGAGUAGUUUUAUUGUGUACAUUAGCAAUAGCAGCUUGAGGAACUACUGUGGUUAUGCAACAUUACAGCUCAUCUAUGUGUUGAUGUGUUCUGGUGAACUGUAUCUAGAUAUUAUAAGCUGAUUAGCACAAUGGCUAACGUACAUUCAGAAAAGAGUUUUUAGUUUUGACCACAUAUAUCAAGUUAUAUCGUGUAUUUAAGAUUAAACAAUAUAUUUUCACUGCUGUUUACUGAAAAAUAAAACCGAAUGGAUGGUUUUAGUAGCUAGCUGGUGAAGAGGGAAAGAGAUUUACUUUUAAAUACCUUCUAGAGAAAUCAUAAAAACAGACUAGUUUAAUUAUGAUCAAACCUUGAUCUUUAACCUAAUUUAGUGUAAAAAUUGCUUGUAAAUCUCUCGUUCUGCUAUAUUAUCACCAAAUAUUGGAUUCAAUUUUCUUGACAACUUGUUUUCUUUUAAUUACCGCAGGUUUUCUAUUUGGAGCUGAUUGGUUAGGCCUCAUUAAUUUAAGUGGAUUUAGAGUGAAAAAGCAUUAUUUGUGGAUAAUUUUGGCAGUGUUCUCUCAAAAACUGAGGUGGAUAAGUUCAGAUCAGGGAGGCCUACGAUCAGUCCGUUUAAAAAAGAAAUACAAAACCUGUGCUACUUGAAAGAAAACAAAACAAAAAGGAUCCAAUAUUUGGUAAUAAUAUACCAUAAAAAGAAAUUUAUAAGCAUUUUUUUUGGUUUUUGUAGGCUGGUCAUUUUUGACUGGGAACACCUCAAGUGUAACAAGAAAAGAAAAAAAUGAAGUAUAAAAAAAUGUUGGUAAGUUGUGAGCAAAAUCAGUAGGUUUUAGUCGAAUGCAAUGACAUUAACAAGCAUUUUAGGGGAAAAAGAAAAUCCCCUGGAUUUUUUGGAUCUAUGCAAUGUCAGUGUGAUCCCUGUAUCGUUGCGUUCGGUGACUCUUUAAGGUGGUUUUGUCUGUUGUCUACAGCUUGUGUUCAGCCGCCUUGUGAGUGCAUGAUCACCGCUAUGGAUCAGUAACCAUAGAGAAUCGCCUGCUCUGUGGCUUUUUCGGCUAAAUUAUUUAGUACUUUUGUAUAUAUUUCUUUGAUGCCUCCAUGUUGGAUGUCCAGCGAUGGGAUUUGGGCAUUUCUUGUGUGUUUUGGAGGUUGUCGUGCAGUUUCUGCCUGAUAAAAUGUCCUCAAACUAGCAUCAGUUCUGUGGUCGGUGCUGUUAAGAGCUAAAACUGUCUACGAAUUUAUUACAAUUGAAAACCUUACAAUUGACUGUAUAACUCUACUGCAGGAGACAAGAGAAGACUUAGACAGCGUUUACAUUCAUGUCCCGUAUGUACUUGAUAAUAUCCUGUAGAUGUCCACUGUCCGGUCAGACUUGAGCAAAGGGAACGUGUUUGUCGUUUAUUCUGUAUUUCAGUAUGUCCACAGUGCUUGUGGACGUUUAUUCCUGUAUGUUCUUUACAACAUUGAAACAAGCAACAGUUAUGCAUAUUUCUUUUUGUACUCUUCAAUAUAUUGAUUUUUUUUUUCUUUUUUAGGAAAAAUGUAUAAAUAAAGUUGUAAAACAGC